AUGGCGCUCGUAGGGAAGAAGAUUGGACAUUCACCUGUACGAAGUUUCCUCACAGGAACCCGUAGUAACGACGUAAUACUCAAUGUUUUAACCAAUGAAGCCUCUAAAUAUCAGAUAUUUCAGCGCACACUUUGUACCUCAAGCGUAAAGAAUAACUCUACACCAGGAAGCCAGGUUUCAUCAAAACAGAGUCUGGACGCCGUAUUCGUAUUUACACCGACAGAGACCCACGCUGACUAUAUAUGCGAGAGUCUCCGUAGAGGAAAAGCUGUUAUGACGGAAAAGCCAUGUGGUGAAACAUACAGCGACAUAAAACGGUGUUAUGAUCUGGCCGAACGUAUGGACAAGGUUCUCCUGACAGGAUUUCAGAGGAGAUUCGACACUACAUUCCAAGACGUAUUCCAAGCCUCAAGAAAUAAAGCCCUUGGAGACUUGCGAUUCAUGAGAGUCACCAGUCGGGAUUCGCCUAAGCCCCCAUACGAAUUUUUGAGAAAUACGGAUGUAAGCGGAUGCAGCCUGAUAUCAGACAUGGCCGUACACGAUAUAGAUAUGACCGUAUGGCUGACAUGUGCAGAGCGACCUAUUUCUGUAUACACAAUGUCGCACAUGCAUGACCCAAUUAUGAAAGAAAUAAGUCAGCCCGAUUCCAGUUUACUGGCGCUAAAGUACGAGAGCGGAUUGAUGGUCAUUAUAGAUUCGGAGAGAGAGUCUCCGUACGGCUAUGAUAUGCGGAUAGAGAUGUUCGGAUCAGAGGGGAUGGUGAAGGCGGAAAAUCCAAGAGAAUCUUCUGCUGUGGUAGAUGGCAAAGAUGGUGGUAAACUUAAAAGGUUGUUUAACUCCUUCCCGCAAAGAUUUGAGGCUGCCUUUGAAAAGGAAAUCGACCACUUCAUAGAUUGUUUGGAUGGUAGAGACACCCCAUUGAUAAAGAAGGAGGAAUGUCUACUUACGAUGGAAGUAGUAGAGAAAGGCGUGGAAUCAUUCAAAACAGGAAAAGUGGUAUAUUUAUGACACGUCAACAUCACACAGUUAUAAAAUCUUAAAUUGACAUGGUUGUGACCUCGGUUACAUAUUUUCAUAUAUGAUAAACAUGUAAGAAUGGUAAUUUGGCUUUAGGGCAGGCAUUAAUAUAUUGGCUUCAACGUUGUGAAGUGUUACCAGGUAUUUCCAAUACAUUGUAGCAAGCGCUCUUCCUGAUUUUACAUUGUCUUAAUUGGGCUGAUCA